CUCUUCGAACAUGCUGCGAAAAACUCCGACUGAGCAUUUCGCGGGAAUUGUCUGCGAGUGGUGCACGCGAUUGAGGAUAGAAAGAGUCCAAUCUCUCAAAUCACAUACUUUCUACAUUUUUUAGUUAUUGCAUAAGAAGCCAAAUGGCCAAGCAAAGUACCAUCUUUAAUUUUUUCAACAAGUCACCUCCACCGGUGUCCAAGCCGAAGCCGAGCCCGUCUCCUACGGAGGCAGAUGUACCGUCCUCCGUCCUCAAGUCCAGCUCCUCUCCCAGCGAGCAAGCUAAGCUUGCAGCCCCAAAGAGUAACAAGACUCCGGCCAAGACGAGCAAGAAAGCGGCCAAGGGUGGAUUCAGCAAACUGUUUGGAGAUAAAAUAGCAUCAAAGAAGGAAAGUGUUUCCAGCCCGGCAUGUCCUUUCAGCGGUGGCGCUCUUGUGUGGGCCAAGCUGGAAGGGCAUCCCUGGUGGCCGUGCAUGGUAGUGCCGCAGCCGCUCAGCGGCCAGCAGAUGCGCGGGCGGGGGAAGGACCAGCGCCUGCACGUGCACUUCUUCGAUGAGCCCCCGACCCGCGGGUGGGUCAGCACCAAGUACCUCCGGCCAUAUACAGGCUCCGAGAGCAGUGACACUAAGGUCGGAGGCGUGUUCUUCAGUGGAAAGCCUGUGAUCCGUAGGGCCAUGGAGCUGGCCGACGCCGUCCUGGCCCACAGCCCUGAGGCCAGGCUGCAGACGCCCAUCUGCAACCUUCCUUCUGACGAGGAAGAGGAGGAGGACAUGGAGCUGGAUAAGUCUACUCUGUCUGAGGAGGAGGAGGAAGAGGAGGAGAUGACGAAGGCCAAGGCCCAUCGGCGUUCUUCCCGUGCUGCCGCUGAGCAGUGCAACAAGCCCAAACGCCGGCGCAUCAUCGUGGCCUCAGAGAGCGAUGGCUCGGAGGAGGAGUUCAGACCAGACCAGGCGACAGGGAGCAGCGAGGAUGAGGAGGAGGCCGUGGUGAGCAGCACUGAAGAGGAAAUGGAGAGUGAACCAGACAGCCCCAUCAAGCCAGUGAAGCGUAAACGCCCCUUGGAGCAGCCCUCAGCCACGCCCAAACCCCGGGCCCCCCAGGGCCCCAGCAGGGCCUCCCCUAUGGCCAGCACCAAGACCCGCCUCGCUGCCUUCUCGGCCCCCGACGGCGUGGAGAGCCCGGCGGGGGGGGCAGAGGGAGGCAUCUGGGACCACGAGAAGCUGGAGUGGCUGCAGGCGGGGAGGAGGAAGGACGCCUGCAGGAGGAGACAGUCGGACGAGGAGUACGACCCUACCACCCUGUACGUCCCUGAGGACUUCCUGAACAGAACCACGCCAGGCAUGCGGCGCUGGUGGCAGCUGAAGGCCGAGAUGUUCGACGCUGUUCUCUUCUACAAGGUGGGCAAGUUCUACGAGCUGUACCACAUGGACGCUGUGAUUGGCGUGAACGAGCUGAACCUCACCUUUAUGAAGGGCUCCUGGGCCCACUCUGGAUUCCCCGAGAUUGGAUUUGGGCGCUUUUCUGACGUGCUGGUCCAGAGGGGCUACAAGGUGGCCCGCGUGGAGCAGACAGAGACUCCUGAGAUGAUGGAGUCCCGCUGCAAGGCCAUGGCGAGGCCCACCAAGUUCGACCGCGUGGUGCGGCGUGAGGUGUGCAGGGUUAUCACGCGCGGGACCCAGACCUACAGCGUGCUGGACGGGGCCCCAGCUGAGAGCCACAGCUCGUUCCUGCUGAGCCUGAAGGAGAAGGCAGAGGCGUCCGGGCGCUGCUACGGAGUCAGCUUUGUGGACACUUCCGUAGGGGUGUUCCACGUGGGGCAGUUCCAGGACGACAGGCACUGCUCACGGCUCCGGACCCUGGUGGCGCGCUACGCCCCGGCCCAGGUUCUGUUUGAGAAGGGGAACCCGUCGACUGAGACUCGCAAGAUCCUCAAGUCCUGUCUCUGCUCUGCCAUGCAGGAGCCGCUGAAUGCAGGGAGCCAGUUCUGGGACGCCCAGAAAACUCUGAAGCAGCUGUCUGAAGAAGACUACUUCAGAGAAAGUAUGCAGGAGGGAGUCAGCCUGCCAGCUGUGCUGAGCUCCAUGACCUCCGAGGGAGACUCUCUGGGCCUAACUCCCAAGGAGGGGUACGAGCUGGCUCUGUCUGCUCUGGGAGGCUGCAUCUUCUACCUCAGGAAGUGCCUGGUGGACAAGGAGCUGCUGUCCAUGGCCAACUUCCAGGAGUACAUUCCGGUGGACGUGGAGCUGGAGAAGGCGUCCGGGUCGAGCAGCUUCUUUGCCCAAACCCGCCAGCGUCUAGUUCUGGAUGGGGUGACACUGACCAACCUGGAGGUUCUGCAGAAUGGCUCUGGCGGCACGGAGGGCUCGCUGCUGCAGCGCCUGGACUCCUGCUCCACGCCCUUCGGCAAGCGGCUGUUGAAGCAAUGGCUCUGCGCUCCGCUUUGCAACCCGGCGGCCAUCGAGGAGCGCCUGGACGUCCUGGAGGGCCUGAUGGGGGCGGCUGGCCCGGCGGAGGAGGCCUCCCAGCUGCUGAAGAAGCUUCCGGACCUGGAGAGGCUCCUCAGUAAGAUCCAUAGUAUCGGUUCACCUCUGAAGGGCCCGGAGCACCCCGACUCCAGAGCCGUGCUCUACGAGGAGGUCACCUACAGCAAGCGCAAGAUCGCAGACUUCCUGUCUGCGCUGGACGGCUUCAAGACCAUGCAGGAGGUCACGUCAGUUCUGGGACCCGUCGCAGAUGGCUCCCAGUCCAAACUGCUGCGCCAGCUUGUGAGCCUGAGGUCCGACAGAGGCGAAGGCCUCUUCCCAGACCUGUCAUUGGAGCUGAAACGCUGGGACACGGCGUUCGACCACCAGAAGGCACGCACCACCGGCGUGAUCACGCCCAAGACAGGCUUCGACCCCGAGUACGACCAGGCGCUUAGUGGGAUCCAGGCCUGCGAGGCUGAGCUGCAGGCCUACCUGGAGCGCCAGCGGAGGCGUCUCGGCUGCCGUAGCCUAGCUUACUGGGGCACCGGGCGCAACCGCUACCAGAUGGAGGUCCCGGACAGCGUGGCCGAGAGGAACGUGCCCGAGGAGUAUGAGGUGAAGUCCACCAAGAAGGGCUGCAAGCGCUACUGGACCCGUGAGAUUGAGCGUCUCUUUGGGGAGCUGCAGAGUCAGGAGGAGAAGAGGGACGCUGCGCUGAAGGACUGCAUGAGGAGGCUUUUCUACAACUUUGACAAGAACUACAGGAACUGGCAGACCGCUGUGGAAUGCAUGGCUGUACUGGACGUGCUCUUGAGCUUGACCCGGUACAGCCAGGGGGGAGAUGGACCAAUGAGCAGGCCUCAGGUGCUGCUUCCUGGUGAUGACAGCCAAUCAGCUUCCUUCUUGGACCUGCGCGGGUCCCGCCACCCCUGUGUCACCAAGACGUUCUUUGGAGACGACUUCAUCCCCAAUGACAUUGCCAUUGGCUGCCCUGGCAGAGAGGAGGAGGAGGGGCAGGAAGCAGGAAGUGGUGUGACAGGCCAAGCCCCCUGUGUUCUGGUCACUGGACCCAACAUGGGUGGAAAAUCCACUCUCAUGAGACAGUGUGGGCUGGUGGUGGUUCUGGCCCAGCUGGGCUGCUAUGUCCCAGCUGAGAGCCUCCGCUUCUCCCCUGUGGACCGGAUCUUCACACGCCUAGGGGCGUCGGACCGCAUCAUGGCUGGUGAGAGCACCUUCUUCGUGGAGCUCAGUGAGACGGCCAGCAUCCUGCUGCAUGGAACACAGCACUCCCUGGUGCUGCUGGACGAGCUGGGCAGGGGCACAGCCACCUAUGACGGGACGGCCAUCGCCAGUGCCGUGGUGAGCGAGCUGGCGGAGAGGCUGGGCUGCAGGACUCUGUUCUCCACCCACUACCACAGCCUGGUGGAGGACUACAGCCACAGCACUGCUGUCAGGCUGGGCCACAUGGCCUGCAUGGUGGAGAAGGAGAGUGACGACCCCAGCCUGGAGGCCAUCACCUUCCUCUACAAGUUCACCUCGGGAGCGUGUCCUAAGAGCUACGGCUUCAAUGCUGCCCGGCUCGCCAACCUGCCCCCGGACGUCAUCCAAUCAGGAGCCAGCAAGGCCCGGGAGUUUGAGAGGAGCAGCAUGAGCCUCCGAGUAUUCAAGAAGUUGUGCCGGUAUGCAGACCAGGCUGUUGUGGACGGCCUCCUCUUCUCCUCACUGCUGGAGACGAUCAGCAGCCUGUAGGAGGGGCCUGACCUCCUCCGGUGCGGAGGUGACCUGUUCCAGAUCAACUUUUGUAUUCUUAUUUUUUCCCACUGUGUUCUCCCAAACACUAACACAACACUGUAAUGAUCUAAUAAAGUUUAUUUUUAAAAAUGUC